ACGAUGAACUACCCUUAGAAGAUGAUUACUCGGAAAAUGCUAUAGAUCAUAUGUUUCAGUCAGCACAAAAACGGGCGUGCAUAAGAAGAGGAGGGAACUGCGAUCACCGACCCAACGACUGCUGCUACAACAGCUCUUGCAGAUGCAACCUAUGGGGAGCCAACUGCAGGUGUCAAAGGAUGGGAUUAUUUCAGAAAUGGGGCUAAGCAACAAGUCCCCCUUGUCCUUAAAAAAGUUGAUGCACCCCUUUUAACAUGAAUAUGUUGUUUUCGUGAUUAGUUUAAGUGUUAAAUUGGUGCAUCAAUUUUUUGGACGAAUGACCAUGGCGUGCAUAACGGCAAAUGCGAUAUCAUUUCUUUACUAUUUAAAAAUGUCACAAGCAAGUUAUUAAUUACGCUUUCGUUAGUUCGUUUCAUGUGUUAAUCUAAUUAUUUCUCAAAUCUGUCAUCGAAGCUGCAAGACAACGUAUGUUAAGGAAAAAAUGUUUUAUGUACAGAUCGUUAAUACCAUACGGAAAGACUAUGUUGUCCUCGAAAUCCGAUCGAGGACGAUUAAAGUUUCCCAAAUUUACUUCUGCAUCUCAGCUGCUUUCUCAUUAGGGAUUAAUCCAGCCACAUCUCUAAUAAGAAUGCAUGACUGACUAUAUAAAUAAAAAAAAAUCCUAUAUAACUACUACGUGAUUGUAAAUGUAUGUAUAGAUGUACUAUCAAUAUUAAUUAUAUUGCACACCUUAGCAUAUUUUCAUAUUUGCUAAUCUGUGUCAAAUGCAGAAAUGUAUAUCAAACUGUUUCUAUGUGAAAAGGGUACAACAUUAAAAUUGUUCAGUCAAUACAAAAUAUAUCAAUUGGC